AUGGCAGACAGCGUCACCGGUAAUUCCACGCUUGUUGAUACCACUUUGCCGGAAGAUGGUUAUUCGGCUGCACAAUUAUUUGCAACCGGCGAUGGAUUGACGUACAAUGAUUUUAUCAUUCUUCCUGGCUACAUCGAUUUCACUGCCGAUGAGGUCGACCUCGUGUCCCCGUUGACUAAGAAAAUCAGUUUGAAAGCACCAUUGGUUUCUUCUCCCAUGGAUACUGUCACCGAAUCCGAUAUGGCAAUAGCCAUGGCACUGUGCGGUGGUAUCGGCAUUAUACAUCAUAAUUGUUCUCCAGAAUAUCAGGCCAACGAGGUGCACAAGGUUAAAAAGUAUAAGCACGGUUUCAUUCGAGAUCCCAUUGUACUUUCUCCUAAUCACACUGUCGGAGAUGUACUUAACAUCAAAGCUGAGCAUGGAUUUUGUGGAGUUCCUAUCACAGAAACUGGCAAAGUGGGAGGAAAGUUGGUUGGCAUUGUCACUUCUAGAGACAUCGAUUUCCUGGAGGAUUCCCCUAAUCAGCUCAAUCUUAAGUUGGAUUCUGUGAUGACUAAACGAGAGGAUCUCAUCACGGCAACAUCUGGAGUUACUUUGCAAGAGGCUAAUGUUAUCUUGGAGAAGUCCAAAAAGGGAAAACUGCCUAUUGUCAAUGAAAAGGAUGAACUUGUUUCUUUAAUGGCUAGAACGGAUUUAAAGAAAAAUCGGAGUUAUCCUAAUGCCAGUAAAGAUGAAAACAAGCAAUUAUUGGUUGGAGCAGCCAUUGGUACAAGAAAUGGUGACAAACACAGAUUGCAAUUAUUAGCUCAAGCAGGUGUUGACGUAAUCGUUCUAGAUUCAUCUCAAGGAAACUCCAAAUAUCAAAUUGACAUGAUAAAAUAUGUAAAAUCCAAAUAUCCUGAACUUCAGGUUAUAGCGGGUAAUGUUGUAACUGCCACACAGGCCAAAAAUCUAAUUGCUGCAGGUGCAGAUGGUUUGCGAGUAGGUAUGGGCUCAGGUUCGAUUUGCAUUACUCAAGAAGUAAUGGCAGUGGGUCGACCUCAAGCUACAGCGGUAUACAAAGUAUCCGAAUAUGCCAGAAGAUUUGGAAUACCUAUCAUAGCGGAUGGUGGAAUUCAAUCUAUAGGACACAUCAUCAAAGGUCUUAGCUUAGGAGCUAGCACGGUUAUGAUGGGAUCUCUACUAGCUGGAACUUCAGAAGCUCCAGGUGAAUAUUUCUUCAGCGAUGGAGUUCGUCUCAAGAAGUAUAGAGGAAUGGGAUCUCUGGAGGCAAUGAAUCGAGAAGACGCCAAAGGCUCGGCCAUGGAUAGAUAUUUCCACAAUGAAAUGGAUAAAUUAAAGGUAGCACAAGGUGUGAGUGGGUCGAUAGUCGAUAAAGGAACUAUCCUAAAAUUUGUACCUUAUCUUCAAUGUGGUAUUAAGCAUGGAUGCCAAGACAUCGGAGCAAGAUCUAUGUCGGCUUUAAGAGAAAUGAUGUACAGCGGUGAACUGAAAUUCGAACGGAGAACUCAUUCGGCACAGCAAGAAGGCAAUGUACAUGGCCUAUUUUCGUACGAGAAACGGCUCUUUUAAUAUCCUGCGAUAGCAAGACAAAUAGCCGAAUGUACCUACAUCCAAAAGGUAUGACAAAAAAAGAGAUAAAUAGUAUCCAUUGUUAAUGCGAGACAUUCCUUGGGUCGCAGUUACAGAGGAGUCUCUGACUAGGUAAUGACUGUUAAAGUUCGACCAAACAUGCCACGAGCAUUUGGUAUAAUUCUUACUAAGAUGUACAACAAGGUGUCAAAAACUACUCACAUAAUCACGUUUCAUUACAAUAAGAACAAUAAUUGGACCAUGGUAUAGCGUUUGAUGUUGCUGAUUUAAUGUACACAACUCGAAAAAGUCUUUUUGACUCGUAGGCAGUAGCAGUUUUCUGUGCCAAAAUAUUAAGGUGAACGAAUCAUCUGAUCUUGUCAUCUAAUCGGAGACUGAUAAUGAAACGUGACGAAACAUUUCAGCAAUUUAUUUGAGAUACUGUAUAAUUGUUGAUUUUAUAUUUUAUCCGAGCACUUUCUUAAUAGAAUAGCUGGACUAAAGUGCGGCUCCGUACUUCAAGGCAAUGCGAAACGACGACGGCUUCGUAUCACCUUGAGAUUAAGAAGCACUAGAGGAUUAAAUCAUGGGAACACUAGCAUAAUACUAACGACGGAGCUUUAUAAGCUCCCUAGUGACGAUCUAGUGAUUUACACUAACUGUUUACGGUUAAGAGAUCAUGAUGUAUUAAUUGUUAUUAAAUUAUAAGAUUGUGAGAAUAUAUUUUGCAGACUGUCCCCCAUA